AUGAUUUGGAGACUAUUUACGGAAGCUGGUUCGAUUUGGACUACGUGGGUGAAGCAGUAUUUACUUCGUGAGGAGUCCUUCUGGGAUGUUAUAGAAGGCCAUUCAGGCUCCUGGGUCUGGAAAAAGUUGCUCCAGCUUCAUUCUCUUGCAAAACGGUUCAUUCGUAUGGAGGUUCACAAUGGGAAAUUAGUGCGGUCCUGGUCUGAUGUUUGGCACCCUAUCGGGAGAUUGAUUGAGGUUGUUGGUGACCAAGGUCGGCUGAAGCUCGGUAUUGCUAGAACGGCUUGUAUUGCUGAUGUACUUCUGGGAAAUGAUUGGAGGUUUAGAAACACAAGGGACAAGAAUGUUCAAAAUAUGAUCCAACAAGUGAGAGAUUUCCGGUUGGUGCUUGAGGAGAGCGUUGAGGAUUCAGUUCUUUGGAAAUCCAAUGAUAAAACCUAUGGGAAAGUAUUCUCUGUUUCAUCCACCUUGGAAAUGGUUCGGGUGCGUCGAGAACAUGUCCCUUGGCACAGGCUGCUGUGGUUUGCGCAAGGGAUUCCACGAUUCGCAUUCAUUGUUUGGCUAGCGAUUAGAGACCGGCUCUCUACUGGAGUUAAAAUGCGUGCAUGGGAUCAGGUCCAAGGCCGUCUGUUCUGUGGUGAGCAGGAAGAGACCAGAGACCACCUAUAUUUCGUGUGCCCUUACACCUAUACCCUCUGGUUGGAGGUGAUCGGUACCCUUCUGCAGCCUGCUCCAACCCCAUAUUGGGAGGAGAAUGUAAACGCUAUUAUGGCAGGUUCACAUGAUCGAGACUCUCUUUCCAGGUAUCGAUCUAUUAUAUAUGGCGAAAAAGAAAUGAUAGAAGACACAGCCGGCCUCCUCAACAGGUGGGUCAGCUUGCAAAGAUCAUUGAUAAAACCGUAA